AUGGCUGCUCCCCGUUACUACUACCAGCCCUCGGCUAUGCCCAUCAACGUGCCGUCAAAGGCACCGGCGCCAGCGGGCAUGUACCCCGUGUCUCGGGUCCACGGAUCGCCACCAGAUUUGUCUGACACCAGCACUGUUGCUGGCAGCCGCACUUCGGGCGGGCUGACAUUCAGUUCCGCCAGCGGCGACUAUGACUCCAGCUCCGCCGGCUACUCCGGCGUGGACGUCGUAGAUGUCCUGAAUGACCGCAUGCAAGAUGUGUAUGACCCGAUGCCGCUGGACAGGGGUAUUGCCAGACAGGCACAAACUUCCGGCCGCAUGAAUGCAAAGCAGCAAGAGCUGCUGGAGCUGCAAGCCCUCGCACAGCGUCGUCUGAAGGGUGUACGGGCGAACUUCAACGAAGGACUGAAAGUUGCGCGGGAAACCAAGCGCGACCUAGAAUGGACCCAGAAGCGUGUCAGCGCCCUCAAAUCCAAGGCUGAGAAGGCCCACCCGGACGACUACCGUCGCGCGGCACAGAAGUACUACUAUGACGAUAGGUACUGA